UGCUCACACGCUGGUCAGUGCUCUCAAGAGUUCGGUAACGAUUGCGACUUGCGUGCCCAAUGGCGUGGGGAGGAGGGUGCUACGAGACGAACAAGCCUUCAAUUCGGAGGGCCGCCUCUGAUGGCGAUCCGUCUCUCUGACCGGCCACCAGUGACCUCUGUGUCCUCUUCCUCCUGCAAUCCCUGGCCUCGCAGCUCGCACCAACCCAAGGCCUCGCAGAUAAGCAUGACACCACGGCAGCGCACAUCAUCCAUGGAGGAUCUGGACUGCUGCUGAAUCAGCUGGCCGGUAGCAGGAGCCUGGAGGUGUUCCUCGGAGUUUGCCAUGGCCGCGACGGCGAGGCUCCGGCCAGCGCGAGCACGCGGCGUGCUCUGGGUCGUCUCGGUGUUGCUCGUCUGCGGCGCUGCGGCGUACAAGCCUGAGGACAACUACCUCGUCAGCUGUGGGUCCUCGCUGGACACGCCGGUGGGCCGGAGGCUCUUCCUCGCCGACGACGGCGCCUCCGGCGCGGUCACCCUGACGUCCCCUCGCAGCGCCGCGGUGAAGGCCCCGCCGGACCUGGUGUCCGGCUUCCGCGACGCCGCGCUGUACCAGAACGCCAGGGUGUUCUCCGCGCCCUCCUCCUACUCCUUCGCCAUCAGGCACCGCGGCCGGCACUUCCUCCGCCUCCACUUCUUCCCCUUCGUGUACCGGAGCUACGACCUCGCCGCGGCGGCCAGGGCGUUCAAGGUGUCCACGCAGGACGCCGUGCUGCUCGAGGACGGCAUCCCGGCGCCCGAGCCCGGCAACGCGUCGACGUCGACGUCGCCCCAGCCGGCGCGCCUGGAGUUCCUCCUGGACGUCGCGCGCGACACGCUGGUGGUCUCGUUCGUGCCGCUCGCCGACGGGGGCAUCGCCUUCGUCAACGCCGUCGAGCUCGUCUCCGUGCCCGACGGCCUCGUCGCCGACGCGGCGGACUCGUCGACGGGCCGGCCGGAGCCCAUCCCCGCCGUGCUGCCGCUGCAGACGGCCUACCGCCUCAACGUGGGCGGCCCGGCCGUCGCGCCCGACGACGACGCGCUCUGGCGAGAGUGGACCACCGACCUGCGAUUCCUCUCCCAUUCUGUGGCCGACGCGGUGACUCGGGAGGUCCGCUACAACGGGAUGCUGAACCGGCUGCCCGGGCAAGCGACGGCGACCGACGCGCCGGACAUCGUCUACGCCACGGCGAGGGAGCUCGUGAUCAACGGCAGCUCAUUCGACGGGCAGAAACAGAUGGCGUGGCAGUUCGACGUCGACACCAGCUCCAGCUACUUCAUCAGGUUCCACUUCUGCGACAUCGUCGGCAAGGCUCCCCACCAGCUCCACAUCAACGCCUACGUCGAUGACGCCACCGUGAAGCAGGACCUCGACCUCGCCGCCGUCGGCGAUGGUGCGCUGGCGUUCCCGUACUACACGGACUUCGUGUUGCCUGCUAGCGAGGCGUCCGGGAAACUCGCCGUCCAUGUUGGCCCUCUGGCAAAUAAGAUCGUCAUGCCCGCCGCCAUCCUCAAUGGGAUUGAGAUCAUGAAGAUGCACCUGAGCGCCGGGUCCGUCGUCGUCGUCCAGCCGGCGGCGGGGGCAGCCAAGUCGCGUUUCGCCGUCGUUCUUGGCUCCGUGUGUGGAGCGCUCGCUUUCAUAUCCGUCGCCGUUGCUCUCGCCAUUGUCCUUAGGAAGAAGGAGAAGGAGAAGGAGGUGGAGGAGGGUGCCAAGGAGCAGCCGACGCCGACGCAGAGCCAGUCGUCCACGCCAUGGAUGCCACUCCUCGGCCGCUUCAGCGUUCGCGGCGCCAUUGCGUCAGGAUCGUCAAGCUUCACCACUGCCGGGAACACUCCGGGAGCGAGCCCCAGGGCUGCUGCCGCUGCCGCGGUGAUGCCGAGCUACCGUUUCCCGCUCGCUAUGUUGCAAGACGCGACGCGCAACUUCGACGACAGCCUCAUCAUCGGAGAGGGAGGGUUCGGCAAGGUGUACGGCGCCGUGCUCCAGGACGGCACCAAGGUCGCCGUGAAGCGCGCGAGCCCGGAGUCGCAGCAGGGCGCGCGGGAGUUCCGCACGGAGAUCGAGCUGCUGUCCGGGCUGCGCCACCGCCACCUGGUGUCCCUCGUCGGCUACUGCGACGAGCGGGAGGAGAUGAUCCUGCUGUACGAGUACAUGGAGCACGGCUCGCUGAGGAGCCGGCUGUACGGCCGCGGCGGCGCGGCGCCGCUGAGCUGGGCGCAGCGGCUGGAGGCGUGCGCCGGCGCGGCGAGGGGCCUCCUGUACCUGCACACGGCCGUGGACAAGCCGGUGAUCCACCGCGACGUCAAGUCGUCCAACAUCCUUCUGGACGGCGACCUCGCGGGCAAGGUGGCCGACUUCGGGCUCUCCAAGGCCGGGCCGGUGCUCGACGAGACGCACGUCAGCACGGCGGUGAAGGGCAGCUUCGGGUACGUCGACCCGGAGUACUGCCGGACGAGGCAGCUGACGGCCAAGUCCGACGUGUACUCGCUGGGCGUCGUGCUGCUGGAGGCCGUCUGCGCGCGCCCCGUCGUCGACCCGAGGCUGCCGAAGCCCAUGUCGAACCUGGUGGAGUGGGGGCUGCACUGGCAGGGCAGGGGCGAGCUGGAGAAGAUCGUGGACCGGCGCAUCGCGGCCGCGGCGAGGCCCGCGGCGCUGAGGAAGUACGGCGAGACGGUGGCCAGGUGCCUGGCGGAGCGGGGCGCCGACCGGCCGGCCAUGGAGGACGUGGUGUGGAACCUGCAGUUCGUGAUGCGGCUGCAGGAGGGCGACGGCCUGGACUUCUCCGACGUGAGCAGCCUCAACAUGGUGACAGAGCUCACGCCGCCUCGCCGUCAGAGAAGCGCGGUUGAUCACGACGGGCUGGACUACUCCGACGUGAACAGCCUCAACAUGGUUACAGAGCUCACGCCGCCUCAAACCGGCAGCGUGGAGGGAGACGGCGAAGCCGAUGAUGAUUUCACAGACGCAUCCAUGAGAGGGACCUUCUGGCAGAUGGUCAAUGUCCGCAGCAGAUGAACCCAUAUGGCCCUAUAUUAGAAGAUAUGGUGUUUUUUGUACGUCCCUGAGGAGAGUGGAUGAUGGAAAAGAUUGUUUCCCCUCCAUCUUUCGAAGGACAAAUACUACAAGCAUUUUCGACCAUGUAGCACGAUAAAGAUGAGAAAUUAAGCACAAAAAGAUUAUUUGAAACUGCAAAAUGAUUCCAUGUGCA